AUGGAAGUCGAUGAUGUAGGUUUUUCCUCUUUUUUUCUCCAUAUUUAGAUUAGUAAUUCUUCCUCAAACUCAUCCUUUCUGGUCAUUUCCGAAAAGCAGCAUGUCUGUGACUCUUCUAUUGACUCAACCCGGGUUAGACUACAUUUUCCUGAUAUUGCACUUCGUUCCCAAUGCACUCUUAAACUCAUUUUGUCAGAAUUUUUGGGUUGUGGUCCGUUUUCGUAAAGCAUAAUGGCAUGGCAUGUGAUGUUUAUUUGGAGAGACGAAAAGUUCUUAAAAAAUGAGACCCGAAUGGGUAAUUUGAAUAUAUUUGGCGUCCGAUUACCCGGUCUGGUCUCACAGAAAGGAUGCAUUACUUUAAUAUCCUCUUUCCGUUUUGUUUGUAAUCAUUUUUUUAAAGUCAUCGUCACAAAUUUAAUAGCUUAGGCGCGGUUGAAAAUAGAUGUUGAUGUCUCAUUUUUGAAGUAUGGUCCUAAAAAAAUCUUUUUUGUUUUCUUGCAAGCCCUCAUUUUUUUGGUCAUGACCAUGAAGAAGGGCCGGAAGAAGGACAUUGUAAUGCAUUGGUCUUUAAUCUUUAGUCUUCUUUACUGAGUGAGGAUGAAGUCCUUUCCUGGGAUAAAUUUAGACUUAACGGACCAACAAAUAUAUGAAAUCUAAUUGUCGACUGAGGGACAGAAGGAGAAAAGCCCUUCCCUGAUGGUAUCAGAUCCGUUUUGAGAUUAUCCUUUACUUUUGUUAUGGUCAAAUGACUUUUUUUGUAGGCUUCAAAGUUCUUGUUGGAAAAGAAAACAUUUCCCCAAUCCGCCCCCACUCAACCAACGUUCGAGUGUUUUUAGGCAAGGGGACACGAGAUUCCCCUAGACAAGGAUCUUUGCAAGAAGCAAAACUUUUUGGAUCCUUGCACUUAUGCUCCACUUCCUGGGCAGUGUAAUGUUGCAGGCUUUCCACGAAAACGGAUUCACGCGAAUACGAGAAGAGGUGAACUCGCAUUUGUUAGUUUAGAUAGAAAAAUUAGAUUUCCCGAGCGUCGUGGGUGUUAUGAUAAUCGAAAAAAAUACUUGAGACUUUGCAGUAAGUAACCGGAUACGCAAUUAAACGCCGGCAGGGGAAUGUAGGGUUAGCGCUUUUUGUGUGUUAUAUGACGACUUUACCUUUUUAACGUUUAGGAGAAGUUAGAAAAUAGCUUCUCAUCAGUUGAGAAAUUCUUUAAAGACCAUUUAAGAACCGAGUCAGCGUGGAGUGAUCUCUGGUCAAAACGCCCGUUGUUGACGAAUUUAUUUUGGUUGGAAAUGGUGUUAUUCCCUUGUUUUUCGGGCGAUCUCUAGUUCUCUCUUUUCAUUCCCGAAUUCUCAAUAACAAUUCACGGUAAUGCGGAAAAUAAAAGCAAAUUGGGGCAGAAAAUGCGACGGUUUCAGACCGAAAACAUCUGUAUUCGAUUAUUUUCUUCUUAAAUGUGACAUGGCUGUUUUCCUGGAAUAAUGGAAAGGAUGAAUUUGGGGAGCGUUUUAAUUCAUAUCAUAAUAUAUAGUCUGAUUGUAGUGUCUAUAACCUCUUGUAUCUUAAAAUCAUCGCAGAAUCUUAUGAUUAUAUUCUCAGAGGAAUGACUUUCAUUUUUUAUGUUUAUAGUUCCUGCAUGAUGCGAGUCCAGGAGAAGAUACGGACUUGCCUGCUGAUCCAUGCCAGCCAGUCCAACCAAACCAUCCCCAUUGUUCGACGAUGCAAUCUGAGAGGAUUGUGGGCCAUGUUCUGAAGAGAGGUCGAUUAUAUUACAUGUACAUCCCUGGAUAUGGAAUCCCACCUAUAGUCGAAUCACCCGUUAACUUGCCGGUACACCUAAUUGCCCAAUUCGAAUACGAAUUUGCCCAGAAGGGGCCAUCAAUGUUCCCUCCGACAGGUGUGAGUUACAAUACGGAAGUCGCCGAAGUUGUUUGGACUGGUCUGUUUGACGGAAUUUCGUAUGCUUUGCUAAGGUAUGUGUUUUGGAUUUUUUUUGUAAUCUAAUAUUUAUUUUUGAGAUUUUAUCUAUUGCAUUUUAGGCAUAUUGAUAAUGUCCAUCGUCUUGUUCCCCUUGGUUGGGCACAACUUCAUUUCCCUGAACUAAUGCGGCGUUACCUUCAAGCAGAUUCUGCCUAUCAUAACAACAACCAUUUCAAACAUUUGAAUUCAACCCGGCAUCGUUGGAAUCCCAUGAAUCCAACCCAAUCUCGUCGAUCCAUCACCCGGCCCACCCCCAAUGUGAUGACUAGGCCGAUGUUUCCCCAACCCAGCAAUACUUACAACUUUAAUGGCCCUGAACUCAGGGUCCCCGACCUUCAGGUUCCUUCAAUGUCUCUUCAUAAUCAACUCCAGAAUCUGGUGCCCCCCACCCACUCAAAUAAUAUCAUGAACUCACUGCCAAAUCCCCAGCCCCUCAAUCUUCAACCUCCGCCAUCAUUCCUGAACAUGACCAAUCAAAACGCCUUAAACCUUCUAAAUAACCCCGAACCGUUGGCCAUUCUUGACUCGGUGGCCACCACAUUAAGCCAGGUGAUCACAGAUGUCCAGAAGUCGGCUUCCAAUAUCGUCGUCAGCGAGGAUCCGUAUCAAGAAAAGCCGGAAAGUGCCGGUCAAGAAGAUGAAGAGGUCCCGCCUGACCCAUUCAACAUCUCCUCGACCUUGCAACCACCUCACAAUCAACGAAUGUGCAGUGUGAAUAUGACUACCGUGCUUAGAAGACAGAAUCGAAAGCUGAUGCACGACGAAGUCAUGGAUUCUGAGGCUCAUGGCUUCGCUGGACCCUCGUCAAAACGGAGAAGGGUGUAA